AUGCCCGUCGAACUUGUGGAAUUCCCUAGGGUCUCAUGUUAUGCUACCAACACAAAGGAAGUCCAGCAUGUCUACAAAGAGAUCUUCGAAGAUGACUGCUACAGUUGCUUGAACAUCGGAGAGAAUCCCUUUAUCAUCGAUGUCGGUGCGAACAUUGGGCUCUUUACUCUGUAUAUGAAGCAGAAAUAUCCCAGGUCAAGGAUUCUCGCAUUCGAGCCCGCGCCCGAGACAUACGAUGUUUUGUGUCGCAACCUAAAGUUACAUGAUCUCUUGAAUACGGAGGCGCACCCCUUCGGUUUGAGCUCGCAGGAAAGCAUACAGAAACUAACGUACUUCCCUAAUAUGCCGGGGAACUCGACUUUGAAUCUGACCGAAAAGGAGGAACAGCGGAAACAAGCUGUUGAACGGUUCGGCGAAGAGGCGGCCAAGUACUACUUUGGUGGUGCUCGCGAGGUGGAUGUCAAGCUGCAGCCGUUGUCCCACUUCUUGUACAAAGAGGUCGGUAUCACCAAAAUUGAUCUCGUUAAGAUCGAUGUUGAGGGCGCAGAGCUGGAAGUCUUGCUUGGCUUGGAUGAUGUUCACUGGGCGUUGAUCAUGAAUGUUGUGCUUGAGAUAUGGGAAGGAUCUACUACUCGACCUGCAAUCGAGGAGUUACUACAGUCCAAAGGAUUCACUGUCAUCUGCGAGGGGGCGUCCUGGGCUCCGGAAAGCUUCCUUGUGAUCAAGGCUUCUCGGGCCAAAGGUACAAUCUUGGCAGGGGAAUAG